AUGAAUAAAUUGCUCCAAAGCAGAAAGGAAUUAGAUGAAGAAAUGAAAAAAAUAAAAACUAAUAGCGAAUCAAGUUCAGUUAAUAAUCAAUCUUUGAAAACUGAAGACAGUAAAAAUAAAAUUGAAAUUCUUCCCGUAAAAGUCAAUAAAUUUGGGAUAAAUAUUGAAAAAGACGAAGCAAAAGAUACCCCAAAAAAUAAUAGUAGUUUGGCAAUUGGUGAAAGAAUAAAAGAAUUAGAAGAUAAAAAAACUAAAUUGCAAAGAGAAAUUGCUGAAAAAGAGAAAACUAUUCGUCAAAAAAUACUAAAGUGCAUUUUUAAUAAUUACAAGGAGAUUAGUGGUGAGUUGGGAGAUGAUAUUUUUCUGAAUAGUGUUACUGAUGACAAAAAGUUAACUGUAGAAAAAAUAAAAGAACUAAUUCAGGUUUAUAGCAUUGAACAGUUAAGAAAAGAUUAUGCUAAUCAGUUAGAAAAGGAGACUAGUAUAUUUGAUAAACACAACCAGCAGUUAGACCAGGCAGAAAAUGAAAACGAGUCAAUCAAAAAAAGUCUAUUAGAAGUUAACCCAUACGAAUACGACAAAUUUAUUGCUUCUUUAUAUCAUUUUCAACCCCAAGAUAGUUUUUUUAAGAAUAAUCCAAAUGUUCGCCAAAAUGCUUUUGAUAAUUUGGGUUUAAAAGGAAUAGGCAAAUAUGAUGAAGUAAAAGAAUUACAAAGAAUGUUAGAGAAAUAUAACCUUAAUAAUAAUCGAGGUAAUCAGCCUAGUAAUAAAGGAGUCACCUAUAAUAAUCCAGGAAGGAUAUAUGGACAGUAUGGUUCAGACAACACUCAGGAUGGCGUUAGUUACAAUUUCGGAUCAGAUAAUAAUCAAAAAAAUGAAAAAGAUAAGUUAAUCCAGCAUUUAGAAAAUUCUAAUGAAUUGGGAGAUUUUACUAAUCUUACUUAUAAUCACAAAGAAAGGGCCAAUGAAAUAAACAAAGGGCUUUUUUCUAAUUUUUCUAACAGUAUUUGGGUUAAUAUUCAGGAAGUUCAAGAGGCUUAUCAGAGAGCACAAAUUGGUUCUAGUGAAUUUGAAAAAGCCCAAAUCCAAAUUCCUCCUAAAUAA